AUGUGGCUCCGGAGUGUACCAUUACUCGUCCUGCUGGCGUUGAGUGUUCUUGGACAGACUGACCGUCCAAUCAUUAACACGUCCGGUGGACAGGUGCAGGGAACGACCGAAUCGUGUGGUCUCUUCUGCACGUACUAUUCCUUCAAGGGUAUUCCGUACGCGCAGCCACCGGUUGGUGCGUUGCGCUUCGCCAAUCCGGUACCGCACGGCGGAUGGACGGGUGUGCGUGAUGCCAGCCAGCACGGUCUAAGCUGUCCCUCGCCGGAUGGUUUGCCGAUCGAGGGCGAAGAUUGUCUGUUCCUGAACGUGUACAGCCCUUCGUUGAUCGGGACGCGUCCGGUGAUGGUUUUCGUUCACGGCGGUGCGUACGUCGGCGGUUCCGGUGAUGGUGCACUGUACGAUUCACGGUAUUUCAUGCCGGAAAAUGUGGUCGUCGUAACGAUCAACUAUCGGCUGGGUGUGUUAGGGUUCCUCAGCACGGGUGAUGGCAUUGCCUCAGGUAACUGGGCAAUAAAGGAUUGCAUCGAAGCCUUGCGGUGGGUGCAGAGCAACGUGCUGGCCUUUGGCGGAGACCCCAACCAAGUGACAAUCUUCGGCCAAUCGGCCGGCGGUGCUUUGGUACACUUCCUCACACUGUCUCCACUGACCACGGGACUGUUUCAGCGUGCGAUCGUUCAGAGCGGAUCGGCAAUCAACUCUUGGUCGCUGCAGCCGAAUCCACGCGAACAGGUGAACCGCAUGGCGACAGCGCUGGGAAUUGCCACAACCGAUACGGCCUCGAUGGUGGCCGCACUGCGCCAGACGCCCUACCGUGAUCUGAUCGCACUGCAGGGCGAAACCGGACAGGGGCAGGGUGUACCGCUGUUCCUGAGACCGUUGGAUUUCGCCCCGGUCGUUGAGUCGACCGGUGCAUCCGCCGCACUCGACCGUUUACCCAUCGAAAUCAUCGACAGUGGAUCGUACCGUACCGUGCCACUGAUGACGGGCUUUGUCGAUAUGGAUGCGCUGCUGUUUAGUGCCGAGGAAAUGAUCCGAAAUCCCGGCAUCUUCGGCAUGUUUAACAGCAAUCCGCACCUGCUGGUGCCACACUUCUGGAACAUACCGGAGGGUAGCGCGGCAUCGACGGCUGUCAGUCAAGCCUUCGCGCAAUACUACUGGCAGAGCCAACCGUUGAGUGCGGCGCUGCUGACGGAGUUCACCAACUAUCUGACGGACCAUCAGUUCGCCUACCCGCAGUUCGAAAUGGCUAAACGGCACGCCGCACGGUCGUCGGUUUAUGUGUACCAGUUCAAGUAUGACGGUGACUUAAACUUGAUGAAACGCUUCGCCGGCAUCACGAUGCCGGGUGCGGUGCAUGGCGAUGAGGUGUGCUAUAUGUUCUAUCCGGCAUUAUUCGGCGCAGGUGACAUUCCCGGCACUAGCCAUGCUUUGACGGUGCGCCAACGUAUGCUGCGCCUGUGGACGAACUUUGCGCGAUACGGCACACCGACUCCAUCGGCAGAUAGCACACUGCAGAACGUCAUCUGGCGCCCAACCACUUCAGGAUCGAUCGAUGGGGUGCUCAAUAUUGGACAUGAUCUGGUGAUGGAAACGAAUCCACUGUCCAGCCGGUACAACCAGUGGCUAAACCUGGCUCAGCAAUAUGCCAACAAUAUAUUUCGCGUUUAG